UCAUGUUCAUCAAGCAUUUGCAAAAUAUAUAUUUCAAGUCAGGAUGGAUAGAGUUAAAAGGUUAGCUUCACAGAAAGCUGUGGUGAUAUUUAGCAAGAGUUCAUGUUGCAUGUGCCACACUGUGAAGUCACUCUUGGCCGAUCUCGGUGUUAACCCUGCUGUUUAUGAGCUUGAUGAGGAUCCCAAAGUCCGAGAAAUGGAGAAAGCUCUUGUUAAACUCAUCGGCAGGAGUCCUCCGGUCCCGGCCGUCUUUAUUGGAGGGAAGCCCAUUGGAGCUACUGAUAAGAUCAUGGCUCUCCAUCUUAGUGGCAAUUUAGUUCCACUGCUCAGGGAUGCUGGUGCUAUAUGGCUGUAGCCACUAAUUAAGUUAAGAAUAUAUAUAUAUAUAUAUAUAUAUGUGAUAACAUGUGUUUUCAUGCAUGCUUUAUCUUUAUAUUAAUUAAUAAGCUUAGUUUUAGUUCAUAUAUAUAUAUUUAUAUAUUAUCGGCAAAUAAGUAGAGAGAGCUUGAUGUUUUGUUGGCUUUUUAAUUCCGUUAUUAAGUGUAUUAGCGAUAUUUUCAUGAAAUAAAAGUUUGAU